GUGGCGGUUUGAGCUCCGGAAAUGAAACUUAGCAGCAGCAUCAGUUCUGACGAGUCGUGAUCCAGUUAAGUCCAUCUCUCCAAAUUCAGCUGCAGACAUGUCGGCUGCCAGCUGCCAUCUCUCUGAAGAUCAGUUUCUGUGCUCCAUCUGUUUGGACUUGUUCACUGAUCCCGUCACCACACCAUGUGGGCACAACUUCUGCAAGAACUGCAUCGCUCAACACUGGGAUGUCAAUGAAAGCUGCCAGUGUCCAAUGUGUAAGAAGCACUUCAGUGCAAGACCUCAACUGGAGGUCAACACCUUGCUGUCUGAGAUGGUGGCUCAGUUCAGACGUGAAGCUCAGCAGGAAACCAGCAGCAGCUGCAGCUCAGAGCAGCUAGCUGCCAAAGCAGGAGAAGUUCCCUGUGACGUCUGCACAGGAACUAAGCUGAAGGCCCUGAAGUCCUGCCUGGUGUGUCUGCUCUCCUACUGCCAGACUCACCUGGAGCCUCAUCUUACAGCUCCACGGCUGAAGAAACAUCAGCUGACGGAGCCUCUGGAGAACCUGGAGGACAGGAUGUGUCUGCAGCACGAUAAACCUCUGGAGCUGUUCUGCAAGACCGACCAGACGUGUGUCUGCUCCCUCUGCUCUAUAUUAGACCACAAGAACCACGAGUUUGUUCCUCUGAGAGAAGAAUCUGAAGGAAGGAAGGCAGAGCUGAAGAAGACAGAGGCUGAAGUUCAGAAGAUGAUCCAGGACAGACGCCUAAAGAUCCAGGAGAUCGAAGAGUCUGUGAAGAGGAGUAAAGAUGCUGCAGACAGAGAGAAAGCAGAAGGUGUUCAGGUCUUCACUGCUCUGAAGGAGGCUGCUGAGAAAGGCCUGAAGGAGCUCGUCAAAAAGAUUGAAGACAAACAGAAAACUGCAGACAAACAGGCUGAAGACUUCAUCAGAUAUCUGCAGCAGGAAAUAUCUGAGCUGACAAAGAGGAGCUCUGAGAUGAAGCAGCUCUCACAGUCUGAAGACCACGUCCACGUCCUUCAAAACUACUCCUCCCUAGAAGUUGCUCCACCCACCAAGAACUGGGCACAUGUCAGAGUCCAUCCAGCCUGCUAUGAUGGGACUGUGGUGAGAGCUGCUGUUCAGCUCCAGGAGAUCCUCUUUAAGAUAAAUGUGAUGUUUGAGAUGGAGCUGCAGAGGGUCCAGCAGCAUGCAACAGACGUGACCCUUGAUCCUGAAACCGCUCAUCCUCAUCUCUCGCUGUCCCCUGAUGGAAAACAAGUGAGGCAUGGUGAUUUGAAGACUCUUCCCAACAACUCAAAAAGGUUUUUUGUAUCUGUCAACGUGCUGGGAAAGCAGAGUUUCUCCUUCGGCAGGUUUUACUUUGAGGUUUGGGUUAAAGAGAAGAGUCACUGGACUGUAGGGGUCGCCGCAGAGUCGGUUGACAGGAAGGUAAAAACUCAGCCGAGUCCUCAGAACGGUUACUGGACUGUCGGGCUGAGGAAGAAUACCUACAAGGCUCUUUCUAACCCCCCAGUCAACCUAUCUCUUCAGUAUUCUCUGCAGAAGGUGGGGGUGUUUGUGGAUUAUGACCAGGGUGUUGUCUCCUUUUAUGACGUUUUCGCUAAAACUCUAAUUUAUUCAUUCACUGACUGCAGCUUCACCCAGAAACUCCACCCGUUCUUCAGCCCAGGUCCUAAUAGGGUAAGCUGCGCUCAGCCGGCUCUGGCGCAUGCUAACCGUUAG